AUGGAUUUGUCAGAAGCAUUGAAUAUGACAAGAACCAACUUGGCUUUGACCGAAAAUGAAGAGCUUGAUAUGAAAAAAGAAGAAACAACCCACGACGAUCGAGUCAGAAUCAACACAACUGAAGGAGUCGUUGGCGAAGCUGAAGUUGCUGCAAGCCGCAUGGACAACAGUAUAGACACAAUCAACUCCUUUAUUGGUGGUGGUAUUGGUGGUGGCAACAACGCUAAUAACAAUAACAUUGACGAUGAAGAAGCGUCAAUCGUGAAUAUAGAAAAACAAGCCACAUCCAAAAAACAACCAUGGAAAGAAAUCUUUUUGCUUUCUUUCUCCUCAUUGGGUGCAAUAUAUGGUGACUUGGGUACUUCACCAUUGUAUACGCUAAACUCAAUAAAAUACUCACAGCUACCACCAAACAAAAAUGACAUUUAUGGUGCCAUCUCCAUCAUCUUUUGGGUGUUUACCAUCAUUGUCAUUUUUAAAUACGUCUGCAUCGUACUAAUGCUCGGUCCCAACAACGGCGAAGGUGGACAAGUGGCAAUAUAUGCCAAGAUUGCAAGGUAUUUGAACAUUGGCCCUAAGGGGGUAACGAUUCCCGGUGGCACAAAAUCAAUGGAGGCUUCAGAUUUGCAACUACUCAAGAGACAAGAUACAACUGCAUCUUCAAUUAAUACAGUACAAUCAAGAAUCGAACGCAUAAAGCAGCACCCCACCAUAAUAAGAACAGUGCAAAGCUUCAUCUUGGGUGCAUGUUUUCUCGGCUGCUCUCUAGUGAUGUCCGAUGGCCUCUUAACACCAACGACAUCGGUGUUGAGUGCCAUUGGUGGUAUACAAAUUGCCGUGCCAUCAUUCAGCAACACUAGCGUCCUCGCGGUUUCCGAAGUAAUCCUAAUCAUCCUUUUCGCAAUCCAACAAUUUGGCUCAAAAAAGAUUAGUUUUCUGUUUGCACCAAUCAUCUUUAUCUGGAUGAUUGGGUUGAUCAUUUGCGGCACAUACAAUAUCGCAAAAUACCACCCAGGAAUAUUUGCAGCAUUGUCACCACACCACGCAAUAAGAAUUUUGCAAAAUGGAGGCAUCGACGUAUUUGGAGGAGCUAUGUUGGCAAUUACAGGUACAGAGGCAAUGUUUGCCGAUAUAGGCCAUUUUGGAAAAUUACCCAUCCAAAUAACACUUACAGGGUUUGUAUAUCCUGCAUUGAUCUUGUGCUACUUGGGACAAGGCGCUUAUCUUGUUAAUCAUCCCGAGGCUUAUACAAAUCCGUUUUUCUUGUCCUUACCGGGAGGCACCGGGUCAGGAGUCUAUUGGCUUAUGUUUGUACUAGCAACACUAUCCACAAUCAUUGCAUCUCAAGCCUUGAUUCUUUCCGUGUUUAGCAUCAUAUCACAACUCAUCAACCUUGACUGUUUUCCCAAAUUAAAAAUAGUCCACGUGUCAUCACAAUAUGCCGGAAAAGUGUAUAUUCCAACAAUCAAUUGGCUCUUGAUGAUUGGUGUCAUUUGUACUACUGCAGGCUUUAAGAAUAGCAACAAUGUCACGGCAGCAUACGGUCUUGGUAUUUCGUUGGACUUUAUUGUGACAUCUUCCUUGCUUGUAAUUUGCAUGUUUUAUGUCUACAACGCCAAUAUAGUGUGGCCAAUCUUGUUUUGCUUGAUUUUUGUUCCCUUGGAAGCAUGCAUGGUGAUUGCCAACUUGAAAAAAAUACCACAUGGUGCCUGGUUCCCUAUAUUGAUGACAGGUGUAGCUAUAAUUUUCCUUGCAACUUGGAGAUGGGCUCGAUCGAGAAAAGUUAAUCAAGAAUUUGAACAACGCGUUCGUAUAGGAGAUUUGUAUCCUCAUUUUGCAGCCAAAAGAGCCGAGCCAGUGACUUUAGAUUUGAGGUUGGGAGAGGCAACAGAAACAACACCAGCAACAAGUAAUUUGUCUAAUCAGAAUCCCAUUCAAUCUGAUACAACACAUGGCUUGAAUGUCAAUACCAGAUACGGCGUGUGCCAAUUGCAAAAACACAAGGGAGUUGGCUUCAUGUACGCCGACUCGUUCAUUACUUCCAGUCCAAACACGUUACCUAAUCUAUAUGCCAAAUUGAUUGAAUCUUUUGCCUCAAUUCCAACACAAUUUAUCUUUGUUGGCAUUAGAGUGCUUUCCGUGCCAUAUAUUGAUGAAGAAGACCGAGUAUUAAUGGCACCAAUGAAACUUGAAGGUCACUACAAGUGUAUAUUGAGGUUUGGGUUCAUGGAAGAAAUCGUAAUCACCGAGAGCCUUGCACAUUCUAUAAUGCAACGUGUCCCCGCCUUAUCUGCCAUGUCACAUACUGAACUCAGUCUGUUUCCUAUAUUCCACUAUUUUGAGAAUGAUCUAAUAAGAUGCCACAAAUUCCAAAGCACAAGUUCGUGGAAAUUGAUAAAUUGGAUAAGAAGAUGUAGUUAUGAGGUACAAAAAUUGGCAAUCAACAACAUUUACAGUCCACUUCGACAGAUCACACAGGACCAUGGCCAGUUUGUGCAUUACGAAAACAGAGAACAAGAAAUGAAAAACAAAAUUUUCUUAGGAGGCAUUGCUAGAAUAUGA